GGGAAGCGAUGGGGGCGGAGGGGGAAGAUGGUGAAGAAGAGGGAGGAGAUUGAGAAGCAAAGAAUGACACACAUAGCUGUUGAACGCAAUAGGAGAAAGCAAAUGAAUGAGUAUCUGUGUGUGCUGAGAUCCAUGAUGCCUUCUUCUUACACCCAAAGGGGAGAUCAGGCGUCAAUCGUGGGAGGGACCAUCAAGUUGGUGAGGGAGUUAGAACAGCUUGUGCAGUGGUUAGAGGGAAAGAAGCAAAGGCAUGAACAUAUUUGUUAUGCCGGCCAGGAUUAUUCAGGGGAAUCGAAGGUGGAGGUGAGGGUGAUAGAGAGCUACGCCAAUAUAAAAAUAAGGGCGGAGAAUCGGCCGAAACAGCUUCUAAAAGUGGCGCUGGAAUUGCAUUCUCUUCAACUUUUGAUUCUUCACGUCAACGUCACUACCAUCCACCAAAUGGUUUUUUAUUGUUUUAGCGUUAAGAUUGAAGAUGGAUGUGAACUAAGCACUGUGGGUGAGAUUACUGCAGAUGUGAAUCAAAUGUUCCAACGGAUCCUUAUGGAAAAGGGUGACUAGUUUCAAUGCCAAUAUAUAAUUUUUAAUGUUAUAGCAUUUUCUUUUUUAAGUUUUAAUCUCAUUAAUGUCCCUUUUGCAACGUUCUAAUGAUGAUUUCCAAUAUUAAAACACUACCUCUUUUCGAUUA